CCGCCGCCGCCACGCCCCCCGGCUCGGCAUAGUGUGCGCGAGGAAUUCGAACGGGGUGUCGAGGUGGAGAAGUUCUAUCAUCAGAUCAAUGGAGACAUCUUUGAGAUCACGCGACGGGUGCGUGCCCGCGACGAGGACACCAUGGAGCAGCGUUGUAUCAAGCGCAAAAGCUCCGCUGUGCCACACUAUGUUCGACUGCCCGAGCAGCGGCCACAGUUGCCGCCACGACGGCAGAAAAGCGCCGAAGAGGUGACCAUGCCGAAGAGUGCGUUACGACAGGCGGCACCCGAACCACAACUGGAGUGGUUCGAUAGAAAGGCGCAGCAGCGCCAUUCUGCACGCUCCGCGGAGGGGGGACAGGUGCGUGAGGAGACCAUCGAAUGGCUCAAGCUGCAGAAGCAACAGCCAACGGCUCCAGCGCCCGCGCGCACUUCCUCCGGCCCCAGUGAGAUUACCGUGCUCAAGGACGAACUGCCCGAUUGGUUGCUGGAGCAUUUGCCGCGUCAGCGCGAACGCCAAUCUUCCGCAGAGAAACCGGUGAGUUCGGCGUAUGCGAAAGCUCUUGCAGAGCUGCUGAAGAAGCCACUCUCGCGCCAGAGUUCUGGUCCUUGCGAGGUAUCCUUGCUCAAGACGGACAUCGUCGAGUGGCUGACAAAGAUGCAGUCAACUGUGGCCGUGAGCGGCGGCAAAUCCUCAUCAUCCACGCGACGCUCGCAUCAUCGUCGGAAUGGCAGCAGCGGCGCUGCACCCCGAUCCAACUCGCAGGAGGAUCAGGUUGCUGCGAUCGGGAGCGAACAGGUGCAUCAUGCAACGUUGCAACGGAAGCGACACUCCUUGGGUCACAGCAAUGCUGAUAGUGGGGAGGAGCAGUUGCAGCAAGCGAUGCCCACUCUCGAGUGGAUUGCGUAUCCGCUGCACAAGCUGCAAUCACUGGGCAAACAGCCUGUGUCCGUGCCCAGUGGCUAUGAUGUGCCUGCUCCACUGACUGCCACCCAUACGCCGCUCUGCCAGGAGCAGCGCCGGCGCGAGGAACGCUCUCGCGAGCGUCGAUUGCGUCACUCCGCCAGUGAGGUGGUCAGCAGCGGAGCAGGAACAGGAGCAGGUGCAGGUGCGCCCGCGCCAAGCGGCAGCGGACAGCAGGAGCGACUGGAGCGUCUGUAUGCCAAGCCGCACAAGGAGCGCUAUCAGUAUGUGCCCAAAGUAACGCCGCCCAAGGACCACCAAACCACCAGCAGUAGCACCACAAAGUCCAAGCGUUCGCGUCGCCAUCAGACUCAACGUUCUGCCACUGUGACGGACAUGUCCGCACAGCGUUCCACAGCACAUAAGCGCAAAUCCUCGAGUGCGGAGCGUGCUCCACGUUCCCGCUCACCAUCGCCGUGCACGGAUCCCGCCUGCCCGCUGCUGCCUAUUUGCACGGAUCCGCACUGCCGCUACCAGGAGUGUCAGCGACGACGCUGUCUCACCUCCUCCGCGAGCUCCGUGAAUCUGGCGCGGCAUCAGCAGUUGGCCCAGGUGCAGUUGCAUGCGGUGCCUUCACAUCUAUUAGCAGGUUCCGAUAUAACAACGCCCUCAACGACAGCAACACCACCACCACCAACGGCAACAGCAGUCGCAGGAGCACAACCACCACAACCACUAGCAGAUGCACCUGCUCCGUUGACGGAGCGACGUCUGGUCAUCUGUCAUGAGUGUCGGUCGUGUGCACCGAUGCUCAGCUGCCAGAAUCGCAAAUGCCUCAAUGCCGCCAAGUGCAACUCACUGCCUCGUUGUGCCGCCGAUUUCAAUCGUCUGCGCACCACACUCGCCCAGCCACCCACAACGCUGGAUGACAUUGAGCCGGCGCCACUCGAAAUGGAACCGCCGCAGCAGCAGCAGUUCCAGCCCGCCUCGCCCACUUUCCAUAUGCAGCAUUAUCGCAGUAGCUCGCAACCGAAUACGUUGCAGCGUGGCGAUUCAACUGCUUCCAGCUGUGGCAUGGCAACAAAUCGUGGCUGGCUGGAGCCCAUUCAGCAGCUAGAUUUGUAUCCUCAACAGCAGCAGCAACAGCCACAGCAUCAUCUGCAUCAUGCACUCAACGGGAACGGCAAACUGAUGAAAUCCGCCUCGGCUGCGUCACUCAACUCGCGAAGGCGUCGCCACAAGACGGUCCACUUUGGCGAGAAUCUGUUGCGUGAAGUGUGCCAGAAUCGCAAGCUGAUUAAGACGGAGCAGGUGCCAUCGGGCUCGGCACCCAUGAAGGCCAACAUUCAGCUGCUGUACAAUUUUGUGGAGGGUGUGCUCAGCGCCUGGGUGGACGAUGAUGAGGAUCAGGUGCGGUCCGGCGCCGAAUCCGAGCCAGAGCAUGGACUUGUUGCGCUGCAGCCCAUUCAUCGUUGCAAUCGCUUGCGGUAUCAGUGCAUCAGGCGGGUGGUCGAGGAAGCUGCAGAUCUGCAGGGCACCCUCAAGCUGGGCAACUCACGGUAUCGACAUCGACACUGGCGCAGCACCGCCAAGCAGUGCAACGAAAUGUUCCUUCGCAAGAUCUCGGACGAUGAUCGAAUGAGCCUAACUACUGCCGUAUCGGAUGAAGAUGAUGGCGAAAGUGUCAUGGCGUCACCAUAUAAAGCAAAGGCCACUGGCACCGCUGCAUCCUCCUUCAACUGCACGGGCGCUGUGCGUAAAGCUGGCUUUCUAUCGGUAAAGAAAUGGUUACUACGUAAGAAGCAUCAAAUCGAGCUGGCUCGCAAACGUGGCUGGAAGGGCUAUUGGGUAUGCCUGAAGGGUACCACGCUCCUCUUCUAUCCGUGCGAUUCGCGCGAGGGUCGCAGCGUUGAGGCGGCGCCCAAGCAUUUAAUUAUUGUGGACGGCGCAAUUAUGCAGCCGAUACCGGAGCAUCCCAAGCGCGAUUAUAUAUUCUGUCUGAGCACCGCAUUCGGUGAUGCCUAUCUGUUCCAGGCGCCCUGUCAGGUGGAGCUGGAGAAUUGGGUGAAUAGCAUACACAGCGCCUGUGCCGCUGCAUUCGCACGUCAUCGCGGCAAAACGGGCACACUGCAUCUGCUGCAGGAGGAGAUCUUUCGCCUGGAGAAGGCCAUUGAAUCGGAUCACAAGCUGAAGCACAUGGCUGAGCUGCAGCAAUCAGUUGUCACCGAUCAGGAGACACGCCAUCAGAUUCAGGCACAGAUUUUGCAAUGGGAGGAGAAUCUUGAGCGUCUGCACUGUGAACAGUUCCGACUACGUUGCUAUAUGGCCUCGCUCCAAAGCGGCGAGUUGCCCAAUCCAAAGUCACUGCUCACACAUGUGUCGCGUCCCACAAAGAACACUUUAAAUAAGCUGGGAGUCUUUACGGUCUCCUCAUUCCAUGCGUUCAUCUGCGCCCGGUCACCAUCGCUGCUUAAUAAUCUGUUGGCUGGACGUGGGGCUACCAAGCGACGACCUCCGAUGUUAUCCCGCUCCAAUAGCGGCUCCAGUCGCCGCUCCAUGCAGAUGAAUUCACGUGACGAGCCGGAAAAAACCUUCAAAGUUGCAAUGCCCGACAAUGCUUACUCGACAGUUUAUCUACGUGACGCGAUGUCUGUGGAGGAAUUCCUUGCCAGCGCCUGCGCCCGUCGCAACCUCAAUCCCAUGGAGCACUUUGUGCGCGUCAAGAAGCGACGUGACAUGGAGGAUCACAAUUACUUUGUGCCACAUCGCAAUGAUCUGAUUGAAAAUUAUCUACAUAAUCACGAAUUUGUGGAGGUCUGCAUGAAAAUACUGUACCAGGUAGAGCUGCAGCGCACCACUUUAGAGCAAAUGUGGGGAUUCUCCGUUGAGGCGGAGCUGAUUGAGAACGCCGAACGACAAGACGAACUCUGCUGCUAUGUGAGCCGCGUCGAGGACAAAAGUGUGGCCAUGCACAAUGGCAUUAUCAAAGGAGACGAAAUAAUGGUCAUCAAUGGUGCGAUUGUAUCUGAUCUAGAUAUGAUGUACUUGGAGAGUGUGCUGCAGGAAGAGCAAUCGCUCAGCAUGAUGAUGCGCUCUUCGCGUACCGAGCCGCCAGAUCUAGUGGGUAUCAUGCGUGUAACAGAUGAUAUGAUUGAUUCCCUGGUGUGCCCGCCGCCGCCCACAGAUCCUCCAGUGAUGAGUGAGGAGAUGAUAACUGGUUUGAUUGUGCCAGCACCCGGUUGGAAUGGCACUGGCAAGGAUUUGUACUCACCGGAGGCGGAAAGCUCGCCGGCGCCCUCAUUUGUGGAGCCAACAGUGGCGCAAUUGGCAGUGGGCGCAGGCGGCGUCAUUUCAGGAUUGGGCGUGGCCAAGCCAACAUCGCGCACCAGCAGCUUUGAAAUUGAGAACCUGCUGAAGACCGCGGAGCAAGUUACCGGAUUUUGUCGUUCACCUCAGGAAACGCGCAAAUCGAGCCCCACGGGUUCAGUCACAUCAUCGGUCUCGACCACAGCGCUGACGCCGUCGCGCCAGCUGACCGACGCCGAGAAACUGCGCAAAGUCAUCAUGGAACUGGUGGACACGGAGCGAACAUACGUUAAGCACUUGAACAAUCUGCUGGAGCAUUAUCUGGAACCCAUGAAACGCGAAACAUUUCUGUCGAAUGCGGAAAUUAAUGCGCUCUUUGGUAACAUACAUGAGAUUGUUACAUUCCAGCGCCAGUUCCUCCAAAAUCUGGAAGAGGCGCUGGAACUUGAGCCGGAAUUCAAUAAGUUCGAGCACUGCGGCCAGUUUAGGAACGUAUUGUUUGCAAUUGGCUCCGCUUUUCUCUAUUAUGUCAAUCACUUCAAGCUCUACUCGUCGUUCUGUGCCAGCCACAGCAAGGCCCAAAAGGUUUUACACCCAAAUGAGGGUAAUCAUGCCCUGCAGGAGUUCCUUGCAUCACGCAAUCCCAAGCAGCAGCACAGCAGCACCCUGGAAUCGUAUCUGAUCAAGCCCAUACAGCGUAUACUCAAAUAUCCGUUGCUCCUUCAGCAAAUGCGCAAUCUAACAGAUUCGCGCGCCGAUGAGCAUAUGCAUCUGUGCGAGGCACUCAAGGGCAUGGAAAAGGUAGCGGAGCAUAUAAAUGAAAUGCAGCGCAUCCAUGAGGAAUAUGGCGCGAUAUUUGAUCAUCUAUUCAGACAGCAUCAGAAGUCAUGCAAGCAGCCAAUUGAUUUGAGUCCAGGCGAUCUGCUCUACUAUGGUGGCGUCGAGUGGCUGAACAUUUCCGAUUUUCUGGGCAAGAUCAAGAAGGGUCUCGAGCUACAUGCCAUGUGCUUUGUAUUCAAAUCGGCCGUUGUCUUCCUUUGCAAGGAGCGCUUGCGUCAAAAGAAAAAGUUAAUGGGCGUUUCGAGCAAGAAUGCACCGAAUGAGGUGGAAAUUAUACGUUAUCAGGUAUUAAUACCCGUCACCGAGGUUCAGGUGCGUGCCAGCUCGGCCAAGGAUAUGGAUUCGCAUUUUCUCUGGGAGCUAAUUCACUUGCGUUCUCAACUGCAACGCCGUCCCGAGAAGGUUUAUGUGCUCUCCAAUAGCACAGCCGAUUUUCGCAAUGCAUUCCUCAAGACCAUACGGCAGAUAAUACGAGAGAGCGUACGGAAUAUGUCAAUUCCGAUGAAGAACUUUGGCGGCAGCUCUGGUUCCGUUUCGGGUAUGUCCUCACAAAUGGGUGGAUAUGCGGGCAACUCACAAACGCUGGAGCGGCCCAAGCAGCAGAUCACCAUUGCUCAUGGUUCGCAUACGCUGGGCAAGCCAAAGAAGAAGUCGGGAUCACAACGCCACUCGGCUGGGAACAUUGACUACGACAAUCUGUCGGGUAGUCAGGAGGGCGAUGAUCUGCCGCCCAGCGUGGGCGUGGUCCACUAUGCGGCACACACACAACAGCUGCAGCAGCAACAACAACAACAGCAGCAGCAACCGGGCGGCUUUCGCAGUCGCAGCAAGACGCUGGGUGAUGUUACAGAAAUCAUUUACUCCUCCAUAGAUCCGCAGCAACAACAACAGCAACAGUUGCAGCAACAAUCGGUGGCGCCGCAUCCACAUCCACAUCCACGUGAGCCGCCGCCGCCUCCCAUUAGGCAGCCGCAUUUGCAUCAUCACAGCAGCGACAUUGAACGCAUUGAUCCGGGCACCAAAUCUGAGGGCGAAGAAGACUCACAGCAGGGCACAAUCAGGCCCAAGGCCACCCUGGGCCGCACGCCCAAUCACCUGACGCUCAGCACAACAUCGACGCUUUCGGUGGGCAGCACUGGCAGCCAGGCGCGCUUGAUACAAUCAUCGCAUCCGCCGGCCAGCUAUCAGCCGGUGCUGAUGAAGGAUCUAGGUAAGAGCAGCCUAGACGUAGUUGCCAGCGAAUCCGAGCUCGAAUCGGAAUCCGAGGCGCAUGCCGCACACGUGGCAGCCACGUUUAAUCUAAGUCUAGGCAGUAGUGGUAGCUUAUUUGCCAAUAACGAUACAAAUCUGACUCAGACCCAGACCCAAAACCAAAACCAGACACUGACCCAAACUCAGAGACACUUGUCCCCGCGACAGUCGCCACGUCAGUCACCCAAACAGGAAAUCGAGGUAAUUGAGAUCUUUGAGAGCGAAUCAGAACGCUUGGCGGCCUCGCAGCAGGUUGCUGUAGUCCAUCAGCAUUCGGGGCAACAAAGAAAACGCGAUCGCGACUCCAACGUAAUGACUACAACGGAUGCAACGGCUCGUUACAUGGACAAGCAUUUGUGCGAGCUGGAGCAGGAGCAUCUGGCAGCUGGUACUUGCGACAUUGUCGCCUAUAUGGCCAGUCUGCGCGAGAAGGCCUUCGAUCCCUCGGAUAUUUGUGAUGAUGAGGCAGCCGAUCAACAGCAAAAUGAUUCGAGUCUUUCGCCAGAGCCACAAACAGUUGUGGAGAAUACACAACAGAUUGUCACCGUCACCGUGGACAUUGAGUCGCCGUCGUCGCGACCCACAACCGAAUCCGAUAGUACUGGGAAUACAACUGGACCCUCGGAGCGAUCGGGUGAUGAGACAGAGGAUGAACCUACUAGCUCGUUGGCCUCGCACAUUGUUGUCAUCGAUAAGAAGGUGGACAAGGUGUUCAAGACCAAGUCCCCUGAGCGGCCCACAGGCUCGUCAACGGGCAGCAAGCCAAAGAGCGGAUCGAGAAGCCGUCAGAGCAUUUACAUUUCGCCGGAUCGCUGCAAAUCGCAGGGUAGCUCACCGGUGCGUAUUAUUAAGAUCAAGUCGCCGCGGCAGAGCAUCAGCGAGCAGGGCAAACGUUUGAGCAUCUGCUCCAGUCGCGACAACUCACAGGAUCGGCUUUCGGGUGGCAGGCGUACGCCCAGUCCACGUCGCAGCUCCGAGGGUGGUGGCAUUCUGAAGCACACAACUCCAGCGUCGGGCAUAUUGAAGCCACCGGCUAGUCCAGCCAAAUCGAAGAGUCCCGAUCGCAGCUGCCUGAAGAAGGGUGGCCCCUCACAUGUCUGUGAGACAACCUUAUCGCCACGCAUCUCGCCUAGAGGCAGCGUGGAUCACUUAUCGCCAGAUCGGGCGAGCAUUUGCCAUCGACAUUCGCCGCGCAGUAGCUUCGAUAGCCAUGGCGGCUCCGAUCACAAUUUAGAUGUACCAUAUGCUUCCCGCAAGCGCAGCAUGUCUGCCCAUGGCAGCUUUGAGACGGGCAACAUCAACAAAGGGAAUACCCAGGAGCCAUAUCAGUAUUAUCCGGUCUAUGACAAUCAGACCUGCAGUGAUCACUAUGUCGCUGCUGCUCCGACCACCAGUCGUUACACCAGCUCUGGUAACAAUCGCAGCCGGCUGAGCAAAUCACUGGAGCGCUCCACUUCGCGGGAUAGCACAACGACGAGCAGCUCCUAUCGCGCAUAUGGCGUUUCACCGGAACGUCCCAGCUAUGUGGUGUACAGCUCUGGACCGCUUCGAUCGCAGUCUGCGGAAAACACAUUCUCGCAGCCCAUUUACGAUGCAUUGCCGCGGCAAGCUCCACAGCAAUAUAUGCCGAUGAUUAACUAUAUGCAGGAAAUGGAAAUGAUGGGCUAUGAUGCACCGCUGCCACAACAGCCGCCUCCCAGCUGCCCCCAUGAGCAGGCCGCUUAUCAGAUGAGUUCGUCGGCACCAGAAUAUACCACAUGCAUUGAUUGUCUGUAUCAGAAACGACCCUCCUAGCAUAAGUCCCGCGUGCGGCAAAGUCGCACGCGGAAGAAGACGCCACGUGGCAUGCCAACAAAUAUGGUGAUUAGUACACAGCCAACAGCUGGUGGUCCCGGCAUUGCCUACAUGCAGGACAUGAGCAGCGAUCAAAUUGGCGGCUGUGUCGAUUGCCAUGAUUAUUUCGAGAUACACGUCUAAAGCUAGAGGAGAAACAAAACAGUGAGAGAGACAGAGAUAGGAGGAGAAUGAGAAAGAGAGAGUUCGAGAUACAUAAACAGGGAUUUUAUGAGACAGUUGAACUAAAACUUUGAAUAGUCUUAGCAACAACGCAACCAAAGAUAACAUAAAAGAUAACAACAACAGCAACCCGAAAUGCCUCACAAAGUAAUUUUACAAAAAAUAAAUAAAUAAAAAAAUAAAUUUACAAAAGAAAAUACCACUCAGCUCUACAACAAAUACUAAACAUAUACGUAAACUUCAAGAUGCAAACUAUAUAAAGAAAAUAUUAAUCAAAACUUGAACAUAAGGGAUUGAAAACAAAUACUUACACACACACACACACACACACACAGACAGCACAGAAAAGUUUAAGUGUUAGAUUAAGUCAGCAAGCUCUUCACAUAGUCCUUAUGAACAGCCAAUAAAAUCCUUAGACAUUCUUUUUUCUGGGUUGCGCUAAGAUGUUGCAGCUGCAAUUGCAAGUGUGUGUGUGUGUGUCACAUUUCAGGUUAAUUAUUUUAGUUGUACACCGAGACAAACGUAGAUUGAAAGAGAGAUAAAGAGAGAGUGAGAGAGAGAUAGAGAGAGAGAGGGAGAGAAGAAUGAGGGAAAAUAGAGAGUGCAUAGUUUUUAAGGCUAUGAUUUACACAAAAAUACGUAUACACAGAUGACGCAUACGCCGCGUUGCACACAACGCUCAAGUUGCGUAAUUACGACGAAAAACUAAAGUUGAAAUUCAUACUCGCACUCAAGUAAACUAAGAGACAUGCAUGCAUACUAACAACCACACACACACACAUACACACACUCCAAAAACAACAAGAACAACAACAAAAACAAAAACACAAAACUAAAAAAGGAAGGGUACUUACAUACAUAAAUGGGUUAAAAGUUGUAGGUAAUGUCAGAUGUAGCAACUAUUAGCUGCGCAAACUGUGUCACUGGCAUUUCCGGAAUCGUAAGGAAAAGUUUUUAAUUACAUGGCCUGCAAAAGAUGAAAAAUGAUUGCAGCUGCCUCCGGGGGAAAAUAUACUAUAUUCGGGUGUGUAUUUUUUAGUUGUAAGUCAAAAUGAAAAAUGCGGGUUGGCAACAUUCUAUAGGUUAACAUUAUACAUACUACCUAAAACCGAAAAGUGAAGAAAACAUUAAAUACGAUGAAUAUUUACAUAGUUAGUUAGAAUAAAUGUCAAAAAAUAUAUUUGUGCGUGUUGUGACAAAUAAUUUUUUAAUUUUUAUUUGAAAUUUUUAAUUUACCAGAAUAAUCAGCAAAUGCAAAUCAUAUUAUACUUAGUUCAUUUUCUCGUUUAUGAAUUUUAACAAAUUAACAAAUACAAUAAAAUCAAAUGCAAAUAAAUGUAUUGAAGAAUGAUAAUCGUAAGUCGUACCUCAAUGUUCAGUAUUAAAUACAUACAACAAAUUGCAUAUAGGCAUAUUAUAUUAAAGGAUAAUACCUAGAGUUACGUAUAUAUGCGGCUAUAUACAUAAAUAAUACACUAAACAAGAAAGGGCAGGCAAGUGUAAGCAAUUCCCAAUUUCCACAGACUCACUCAUGAUUUUCAUGAAUUUUCCUUUGACUACUGAUUUCCGCUUGCCUCGCUCACAUACACAUAUACAAAAAAAAAAAAACAAAACAAAGAAAAACAAAGAAAAACAAACCAACUUACAUAAUUAGGCUAAGUUUGGGUGUCUAGUAACUGCAGGCAUAUACUUAGUACAUAUAGAGACCCAAGACGGACUUAAAGAUCAAAUGUCAGGUUGUUCAUGCUAAAUGCAAAAUAGUCAAAAUAAUUCUUAAGAUAUCUACAAUAUAAAAACAAAUGUUUACAGUUUACACUGGGCUUCACAGCAGUAAAAUCAAAAAUACAUUCAAAUUGCAAAGAAAAAGAAAUCAAAAUAUAUACAACAUACAACUUAUAGGACAAACGACAAAAUCCUGAAAUAUACUAACUAUAUA